AUGUAUCAAGACACAAAUUCCCUAGAGUUCUGGAGCGUUUCUGGAGAAGAUCAUUCCUCUUGCUUUAAAUGCCAGAAUAAAUUGAAAAUGUCCCGUUUCAUAUUAUUGGUCCUUCUAGUGGCCAUAGAAGCUAGUCACCACAAUGACUCCAUCGAGAUUCAGCCGAGAAGACGCUUCAACUCUAGAGGAAAUUUGCUUAAAUAUUUGGUUUCGAUACGAACACGAGAAAAGAUCUAUAAUUGGGGCGACAAUCACUUCUGUUCGGGAGCUCUGUUGACAUCCCGUUGGGUAAUGACCGCCGCCGGAUGUGUGACCACCAGUGCCGGAUCCGUACGUCGUCGCACCUCCCGAAGAAACCUAAUAGUUGUGGUAUAUACUCCGUAUAGGUUAAGAAAGCCACUCGACCGUAAUAGGAUACCGGUUGAGAAUGUGGUCUAUUCCAAUGAGCAAAAGAUCUGCUGCCAGGACUUGGUAUUGAUAAAGCUAACCCGUCCAGUUUCUGGAAAUAAGAACCAUGUUCUGAGGCUACCAGUUCGGGAGAUAAGCGACGAUUGGUUAUGCUAUUCAAUUGGAUGGGGAAGGUUGUAUCAUAAUGGACCUAUUGCCGAUGUAAUAAUUUUUCGAAUUUCGAAGAAAGUUGAAGACGGCCAUUGCAAGUUUGCGUGUAAUAAAAAUCACCUAUUUUGCAUGACUUCCUAUUCGGAGCGUAAUGACGUUGGCCAGGCCGACAUGGGUAGUCCGGUCUUCUGCGGUGGCACUAUCUACGGAGUGGCCAGCCAGUAUCAUAGUGACCGUCCGCGAACGAGUUUCGUGUACGCCAGUACCUAUUCCCAUCGCCACUUUAUUAUGAGAGUUUUGAGUGCGACAGCGAAUCCUCCUCCCUUGACGAGUUGGCCGUUCCUCUCCAUUGUCCUGGCCAUAGCUGGACUUGUAUGCUUUUUAAAUUAGAAGAUUUUUAAAUUAAAGUCUUUGGUCUUGAAUUUUUUGUGGCACUACUCCCAAGUUCAGGGUCGUUUCGCUCAGAGAGUGUGUGUGUGUGUGCGUGUGGGUGUGGUUGUGGGUUUGGGUGUGUAAUCCCUCAAUUUGUCUUCCCCAUUAAUCAGUCGCCGAUCACUGAUCGAUUGCCAAAAGUAGCAGCAGACGCCUAUACCCCGCCCAGCCACCCACCCUCCCCCUAUACCUUUUGUUUUCUUUUCUAUUUUUUUUUCCUGUAAACUUUUAAUUCUUCACCUGAAUGCUAGUUUGUCGCUAUUCCCCUUUCUGUUUAUCUUCCACUCUCUAUUUUUCUCUCUUUCCGAACGCUUUCAUUCAAAUGGCAUGUAGGUACAGUCCAACUUCGAUAGGAAUGAUUGCUAACAAAAGGAAAAAAAAGUUAGGAAAUAUGAAGAUAUAAAAUCUGUAUUAUAGAAUAUGUUUUUUUUUGUGAGAUGAAGUUAAGGAAUUAAUAAUAUAAUUGUAGUAAAGUAUUAAAAAUUAUUAUUUUUUUUAUAAAAUAAGACUUGCAAAGAAAGCUUUGUAAAAAUAUCAAAAUCUUGUUCAAAACUGCGUUUUUCAGCUUAAUUUUUUAUUUUUUAAAGUUUUUACUAUAAACUAUAUUUCCUAGUUAAUUUUUUAUAGAAUCUCUGUUGUUUUAAAUUCUUACUUAAAUAGGACUGUUAUUUUUGAAAGUUUUGUUAAAAUAUGAACUGUUAAUUUAUGUUUCCUCCUUCUUUAAAUUAUUAUUUUUUCUUUCUCUUUGAAAUCAAACUUUAAUUUUUGAAAACUUUGUUAAAAUAAGAAAAUUUCUUUUUAAAAAUGAUAUUUUUAGACUAUAUUUUUGUCGAAUUUUUAAUAAAUUAUAUUAAUUUUGUAGACCUUCCUUCUAAGGGUCUAAGCUAAGGCUUCUAAGCUAAACUCUUGUUUUCUUUUCCUCUAUAGUUUCUUUUAGUUGCCUCUUUUAGUUAAAACUUUUAAGUAGUAGCCUCUCUCUCUUGGCGGUUCCUGCUAGCCAGGUUGGACUGUAGUAGUUCGAUUGCCAUUAUUGUAGUUGUUGUUGUUUUUUGUGUCAUCGCAGGCCGCCCCAUUCGAAUUGAUUGUCGAAUUUGAAUACGUCGUCGUUGCCGCCGCUCCGCUGCUGCUGCUGCUCCGCUGUCGUCGCCCGCCAAUCGCCCAACGCCCCAUCGCCCCACUGCUGCCGCUGCUCACCCGCUCAGCUAACCUCUCCGGCGUGCCGUCCGUAUCAGCUCAGAGUUAGUUGUUAACUUGCCAUCGUCGACGGAGCAAGAACGGCACACAAGUACACAAGUCGCGAAAAAUGAAAAUGAAUCAAAUGUGCACCUGAAUUAAAUAUUUUGUUGUUGUCGGAUCGGCGAAGAGAGGCGAAGGAAUUACUUACUUUUCGAUUUCUUGCGUGGCGCGGAAGUGUUUCUUCUUCCCCCGUUCAGUUUUAUUUUAUUUUAUUUAAUUUUUUUUUCUUCUCAUCUUGAUCCGUUGAUCGCCUUCUCGGUGAUUUUGUGUGCCAGCAUCCGUGUUUUAUUUUUUUUUUGGGGAUUUUUGCAGUCGGCAUCCACUAUUCGAUCGCAAAGGUACCGACCGAGCUGCGUGGUCUUGGCCUUGUCCGUAAACCGAAAACCAAAA